AUGACAGAUAACAAACUGCUUGGAACGCAACCAAACAAGAAAUGUGUAGUCAGGCUUUUGAAGCUACAAACUUCACACGGCUUUUAUGAAAAUGUGAGUACUCUCUGUGAGCACCCUUUUGGGCAAAGAUGGCAAAAAGAAGAGCCUCCUUAUGAGUUGGAUGCUAAAAUUUCGGCCUUUUGUUCGGGUGUUGUUGCAAAGUUAUUGGAAUUUGUAUGUAAAUAUGAGGAAGUAAUAUUAGCUGAAGAACGUACUACAUCAGAAGAGAAAAUACACAUAAUGGAAUCACGAAGAAGAACGGCAGCCAAAAGGAAAAAAAUGAAGAAACUAGGGAAAAGUAAAAGCACAGACACUGAAGAAGAGGAACCUGAAGAUGAAAGCGCUGAAGGUGACGACGGUUUUGGUAGGUCUGGUUACCUCCGCAGCGUCAGGGAUCGCGGAAAAUGCGCUGAUUUUUGGCGGGCGGAAAAGCGAUUUCGUUUCUGGAUUCGCAAAACUGUGAAAGCCCAGUGGUUCUACUGGUUCGUCAUAGUGUUAGUGUUUUUCAAUACAGUCUGCGUUGCCGUCGAGCAUUACGGACAGCCCGAAUGGCUAACGCAAUUUUUAUAUUAUACCGAAUUUGUGUUCCUGGGUUUGUUCAUGAUGGAAAUGUGGAUAAAAAUGUACGCGCUGGGCCCGCGGAUAUACUUCGAGUCUUCGUUUAACAAGUUCGAUUGUGUCGUUAUUAGUGGCUCGAUAUUUGAGGUGAUAUGGUCAGCUGUGAAGUCUGGUUCUUUCGGCUUGUCCGUGCUUCGCGCUCUACGUUUACUCAGGAUAUUCAAAGUAACGAAGUAUUGGGCUUCUUUGAGGAAUCUAGUCAUUUCGCUGCUAAAUUCCAUGAGAUCCAUUAUUUCAUUGCUGUUCCUGCUGUUCUUGUUCAUCCUGAUAUUCGCUUUACUUGGGAUGCAACUUUUCGGAGGACAGUUUAAUUUUCCAGAUGGGACGCCGGCGACCAAUUUCAAUACGUUUCCUAUUGCGCUGCUUACGGUCUUCCAGAUAUUGACUGGAGAAGAUUGGAAUGAAGUAAUGUACCAGGGAAUAGCUUCGCAAGGAGGGCCAAGUGAUGGAAUGAUUUAUUCUUUAUAUUUUAUCAUUCUUGUAUUGUUUGGCAACUAUACCCUGUUAAAUGUGUUCUUGGCUAUCGCCGUCGAUAAUUUGGCGAAUGCUCAAGAACUAACAGCAGCUGAAGCAAUUCAGGAGGAAGAAAAUAAAGAAAAACAGCUGCAAGAACUUGAGAAAGAAAUGGAAGCAUUACACGUAGACGGAUCACCGCCAAGAGUUGAUGGACUCGCAUCGUCGCCAACGUCGAAAACGAAAAAGAAAGAGGAAGAAAUAAAAAUAGAAGAAGAGGAGGACAUCACCGAUGGACCAAAACCCAUGUUGCCAUAUUCAUCUAUGUUUAUUUUAUCAACGACCAAUCCCAUACGACGUGCAGCGCAUUGGGUCGUUAAUCUUCGUUAUUUUGACUUUUUUAUCAUGGUAGUGAUCAGUUUAAGUUCAAUAGCCUUAGCCUGUGAGGAUCCCGUGGUCGAAUUUUCGACGAGAAAUAUUAUAUUAAAUUAUUUCGAUUAUGCGUUCACGUGUGUCUUCACGAUAGAGAUGGUGCUGAAGAUAUUGGAUUUAGGAGUUAUUCUGCAUCCUGGAUCCUAUCUUAGAGAAUUUUGGAAUAUCAUGGAUGCAGUGGUCGUAAUUUGUGCGGCAUUGUCCUUUGGUUUCGAAAUAACCGGAAGCCCGGCCGUGCAGAAUCUAUCCAUGAUAAAAUCGCUUCGAGUUCUUCGAGUUCUUCGGCCUCUGAAGACCAUAAAGCGCGUUCCAAAGCUGAAGGCGGUGUUCGACUGCGUCGUUAAUUCAUUAAAGAACGUCAUCAACAUUCUCAUCGUGUAUAUAUUAUUUCAGUUCAUUUUUGCUGUCAUCGCUGUGCAAUUGUUCAACGGAAAAUUUUUCUACUGCACCGAUGAAAGUAAACACACUUUCGAAGAAUGCCAAGGUUCGUAUUUUAAAUUUGAUAACGAUGGGCCACCCAAACGCGAGGAAAGAAAAUGGGAGGCACAAAGUUUUCACUACAAUAAUGUUGCAAGUGCUAUGUUGACUUUAUUUGCUGUACAGACGGGGGAAGGAUGGCCACAAGUGCUUCAAAAUUCAAUGGCUGCGACUUAUGAAGAUAUGGGUCCUAUACAAAAUUUUCGGAUAGAAAUGUCUAUUUUCUACAUAGUGUAUUUCGUAGUGUUUCCUUUCUUCUUCGUCAACAUAUUCGUUGCCUUGAUUAUUAUUACGUUUCAAGAGCAAGGCGAAGCAGAAUUGCAAGACGGAGAAAUAGAUAAAAAUCAGGUAAGCUGUAUAGAUUUUACGAUAGGGGCAAGACCUCUCGAGCGAUACAUGCCAAGUAAUCGCGGAAGUUUUAAGUACAAAGUUUGGAGAAUAGUAGUAUCAACGCCAUUCGAAUUUAUAAUGAUGUUGAUUGUCUUUAACACGUUAUUGCUGAUGAUGAAGUUUCACAAUGCUCCGACUGGAUUAACAACAGUGUUGAAGUUCAUGAAUUUGGUAUUCACCGGACUAUUUCUUAUGGAGACCAUUAUGAAGAUUUUGGCAUUCGGAUGCAAGAAUUUCUUCAAAGAUCCGUGGAACACAUUUGAUUUCAUAACUGUCAUCGGAAGCAUUAUAGACGCACUUGUGGCCGAAAUUGGGGCAAAUCAAGAUAAUCCCUUCAACGUUGGCUUUCUGCGUUUGUUUCGAGCAGCACGUUUAAUAAAAUUGUUGAGGCAGGGUUACACGAUACGAAUAUUGCUGUGGACGUUCGUUCAGUCUUUCAAAGCACUGCCGUAUGUUUGUCUUCUCAUUGCCAUGCUCUUCUUCAUAUAUGCCAUCAUCGGGAUGCAGGUGUUCGGAAAUAUACAGUUGGAUCCUGAAUCGUCAAUUACGAGGCAUAAUAACUUUCAAAGUUUUGUGCAAGGGUUGAUGUUACUAUUUAGAUGUGCCACAGGAGAAUCAUGGCCGAACAUAAUGCUUUCGUGCCUGAAAGGCCAGCCUUGUGAUCCUUUAGCUAAUAAAGGCGACGGGGUUACCUGCGGUUCUAGUUUAGCAUAUGUUUAUUUCGUCUCGUUCAUAUUUUUUUGUUCGUUUCUGAUGUUGAACUUGUUCGUUGCCGUUAUCAUGGACAACUUCGACUAUUUAACGAGAGAUUCCUCAAUUUUGGGCGCUCAUCAUCUCGACGAAUAUGUGCGCAUAUGGGCGGAAUAUGAUCCUAAUGCUACUGGCAAAAUUCACUAUACAGAGAUGUACGAUAUGCUGAAGAAUAUGGACCCUCCGUUGGGGUUCGGUAACAAGUGCCCUAAUAGAUUAGCCUACAAACGUCUGAUUAGAAUGAAUAUGCCAGUAGACGCAGAUGGAAAAGUCAAUUUCACGACGACUCUGUUUGCACUCAUUAGGGAAAAUUUAAGUAUCAAAAUGAGAAAUCCGGAUGAAAUGGACAAGGCAGAUGAAGAACUGCGAGUAACUGUAACCCAUAUUUGGCCUUUACAAGCUAAGAAAAUGUUAGAUUUACUAAUACCGCGAAAAAGUGAGCUGAAUGCUGGAAAAUUGACAGUUGGGAAAAUUUAUGCCGGGAUGUUAAUUUUGGAAAGUUGGCGGACCACGAGGUUUGGCCAAAUUGAACCAGCUGGUGUACCGAAAGCCUCGUUCUUCAAUUGUUUACUGGACAUGGCUGCUGGGCGCUGGUUGCCCGCAGAGGGAUCCAGGGCCGGAUCUUUAUCUAUGGAGCAGCCUUUGAUGACUCCUAAGAGGGAUAAUAAUCAUCGAGAUGAGGACAGGAGGGAAUCUGAUGAACAUGUCAAUUCUUUGACGGCCUUGGUCAGAAGAGGCACCGCGAGGCGAUCAUUCAGAGGAGGGAAAAAGGUGAAGGAUGCUUUGCGUUCGGUAAAGUUCAACGUUCGAUGUUUCCCUAAAUGCUUCUAUUAA